AUAUUUGUGCAAUCAAAGCUGUGUUUCCCAUUUUAGAGACUGCACUUCUGUUUAGCUGUGCCUGAAUUCAAAUCAGAAAACUUUUCACAAAAGCAUUUCACGGUUGAUGGGUGACGACAAACCAAGCCAGUCGUGGGAGAUUGUUUCACACAAAUGUUGACAUAAUUGGGUCUUGUUAUGAUAUUCACAAAAGAACUUUCAGAAAUCUUUGACAACCGAACGUAUUACUUCAACAAUUGUUUGACGUUCUUCAAGGCUAAGGGGCAAAAUAUAACCGGGCAAUUAUCGAUGUAUGAUUCAUGGUUUCUAGAGAAGUCAAGACGCAUGCAUUACUUUGUAAAUAAUAUCGUUGAUUGACAAGAAAGAAGAUUGUAAUAGUACAGUACCAGGCAGGUCCACAAUACAGUACCCUGAAAAGAAAUGUGUCGUUUUGUUUCUGUAGAAACUGCAUGCUUUCACGUGCAGAUUUGUUGACAAGAAGACCAAACUUAACCAUGCCUGUAGACCAAUUUCACGAGCUGAUUGUUUUGUAUCGACGUUGGCCUAGGAUUUCGACAAGAGCCAUCUGAACAACUAGGCACCAAGGCAACUACGAUGGGGCAGUCUGAUGAUCAAGUCAAGGAAGAGAUACUGCUGGCUGUAUCCAUAUCCCUGGGAGCCUUGUUUUUUGCUACAGUUAUAACUCUUAUCAUUGCGAGGUUUUAUAAACAGAUUCGAGGCUGCUGUCAAUCAUGCUGUCUUUCCGAUGAAACAGACAACAACAACACCAGUACAUCGUUCUUUGGUACCAAAAGUCCAGGUGACCCGAAGCCAGUCAUUCCAUACACAAAAUUAGCCGAGCGACGUAAAGAAGCUUUAGAAACCAAGAAAUCGGUUAAAAAAAGAUCACCAAUCUUUCUUCCUUCGGUAGACAACCAAUUCAUUAUUCCAGGAUUAUUUUAUUCUAACCAGAUACAGCCUGAACUAAAAUUGCCGAUAAGAGCUGAAACGAAUGGCGGUAGAAAUUCGUCGUUGUCUUCCCACCCUAUGCCCCCUGUAAGUCGAAGACAUACAGCCUCAGUUGCUUCCUUGCCGGCGAAUUUCUCCCCCCGACUUGCUGGACGAAUAAUAAAUGGCCAGCCGGACCACAAUUUCCUCUCUUCGGAGGAAGAUAACGAGUCUGGAGAACUUCCAUCAACUAAGCCGUCGAUUUCUUUAGAAGAUAUAGCAUCUUUUGAUAUGAAACCGGAGAUGUAUAAUAUUGCUCGUCAAAGAACUCUCGGGGUUGGUCAACUUGGCAAGCUGCACGUGUCUAUGCAGUACGAAGAUAAGUCGAGGAAAAAAAUGAAUAUCAUCAUUAAUGAGCUCACGAAACUCCAGGCUAUGCGUCCGGACGUUGUAAGUAUUUACGCCAGUGUCGUGCUGUUGCCAGAGAGGGAGUCGAUCUACACAACAAAGCAACACAAAGCAGCCGCAAACGCAACCGUGGCGGAGAAAUUUGUUUUCUCUUCGAAGCCAAUGAACCGUGACUUUGAAUCUAAAACAGCUCUCUUCUUAGUCCAUCAUGUAGACAGGGCUGGAAAAGACGUGGUAUACGGAGAAUCCCGAAUGCCGUUAUUGUGCAGAGAGAUCUACAGUCAAGUAUCCACAGAUGUCACGUUGAAUAUCAAAUGUGCUUCAAUGCAGAGUGAAUUUGGGGAUCUUUUGGUACAGAUGAUUUACCUUGAUUCUGGGACACUGGAUGUCAUGAUCAAGAUGAUCAAAGUGCCCCAAAGCAUGUCGUUGGAGAACAUGUCAGGCCUAAAUUUCAAAUGCUACGCAAGAAAGUUCGGAAGUCGAACUGGAAAGAAAACGACAAUAGCGAAGAGGCUUGAGGGAUCGCCUGAAUACUCAAGCGAUAUAAACAGAGAGUGCAAAUUCAGAAUCCCGCGUGAGGAUUUUAUGGAUCAUGACAUCACUUGUUCUGUCGGUGGGAAACACAAAAUUUUAGGAAAGAAAUUGCAUCUAGGGAAAGUUGUGAUUGGAAAUGGAAGCAAAGACGAGACGGGGGUGGUGCAUUGGAAAACGAUAUUUGCCUCCCCUGGCAUUGCCUGGGCAGUGUGGCACCCUAUUUACAGUUCUUAGAAUUUUGGAUUCAUUUGCAUUUGGUCAAAUGUUAUGGACCGUGGUAAGCCAAUAGGAACGAUGGUGAUCCUGGUCGGGUAGAUGUUAACCAAUUACAAUCUUCAAAUGUCUUAUGCGAUUGAAGAAUAAUGUUAAAUUAGCCCAGAUUCGAAAGAUGCCUCAAAACGUAGCCUUUUAUGAACGUGUCUGACCCACUGGAUCACCUCCAUCCACAUCUAACUUUUUUUACUGCUGCAGGAUUGUUGGCAACUGAGCCUAAAUUGUACGCGAAAGAGAUUCGUGCAAAUUUUAACUAUUACCCUGCAUAUAAAUGCAUGCUUCUUUAUGCAUAAAACCGCGUAUGAAUAUUAUAACAAAGUUUUUUUCUGAUUAAACAUUUGCUCGGUUAGAAAAAGAAAACUUUGAUAACUUCACUUAUUCGAUCUCUAUAAUAACUUCUGCUCAAAAAGCCAACACAGCGCCAAGUUGUCAAUAAUCUGCAGCGUAUAUGUAGUUCUAGACACUUGACUAGGCCAGCUCCAGCAAUAGCAUUUCAAAUUUGCAAUUGUAUUUAAUCGUAUUUGCAAUUUCAAAUUUUCAAUAUCA